UUACAGCAUAGAGUGCAGUUUACAGCCCCAUUAAUUUAUCACAUUGUUACAAUUUUUAACACGAGGAAUUUGUAUAUUCUUAUUUUCAAGUUUUUGUUGUUUUCAUAAUUAUCCAAGAUGUACCCCGUUGGCCAACCUCCAGCGGGGGAGACGAGUGCUGGUGCGAUGGGUGUGUCAGGAGCUGUGAGUGCAGCAGCGGGCACCACAAGUGCAGCACCAGGGGCACCAAGUACUGCACUAGCCACAGGCACGUCUCCACCUGGUGUGACAAGUGGAACUGGCGGCUUGUCGCUCGUGUCACCUGCAGCUCCUCCACCGCCCGACCUACCUGUGCUGACUUGUCCCCGACGACCUAACUUGGGUCAUGAAGGAAGACCGAUCAUGCUUCGUGCUAAUCAUUUCCAAAUAUCUAUGCCACGAGGAUUUGUACAUCAUUAUGAUGUAAAUAUACAACCUGACAAGUGUCCUAGGAAGGUUAAUAGAGAAAUUGUUGAAUCAAUGGUAACCAAUUACAAUAAAAUAUUUGGUGCUUUAAAGCCUGUGUUUGAUGGGAGAAACAAUUUAUAUACAAGGGAUCCCUUGCCUAUUGGCAAUGAUAGAGUGGAAUUAGAAGUUACUUUGCCUGGUGAAGGCAAAGAUAGAGUAUUUCGAGUCACAAUCAAAUGGGUUGCUCAAGUGUCAUUGUUUGCGUUAGAAGAAGCAUUGGAGGGCCGUACAAGACAGAUUCCAUAUGAUGCAAUUCUUGCGUUGGAUGUUGUCAUGAGACAUCUGCCUUCAAUGAUGUACACUCCAGUCGGCAGAUCUUUCUUCUCAUCCCCAGAAGGAUAUUACCAUCCCCUUGGUGGUGGUAGAGAAGUAUGGUUUGGUUUUCACCAGUCUGUGAGACCGAGCCAGUGGAAAAUGAUGCUUAAUAUUGAUGUAUCUGCAACUGCAUUUUACAAAGCCCAGCCUGUUAUAGAAUUUAUGUGUGAAGUGUUAGAUAUAAGAGACAUUAAUGAACAAAGAAAACCUCUGACCGAUUCACAAAGAGUGAAAUUUACCAAAGAAAUAAAAGGACUGAAGAUUGAAAUUACUCAUUGUGGUACCAUGAAGAGGAAAUACAGAGUAUGUAAUGUUACCCGCAGACCUGCACAGAUGCAGUCAUUUCCUUUACAAUUAGAAAACGGACAAACAGUAGAAUGUACUGUUGCUAAGUAUUUCAUGGAUAAGUAUAAGAUGAAACUCAGAUACCCUCAUUUACCUUGCCUCCAAGUAGGUCAAGAGCACAAACACACAUACUUGCCAUUAGAGGUCUGUAAUAUUGUGCCCGGACAGAGAUGCAUCAAGAAAUUAACUGACAUGCAGACUUCUACUAUGAUCAAAGCAACGGCUCGUUCGGCCCCAGACAGGGAGCGUGAGAUCAACAACCUGGUGCGGCGCGCCAACUUCAACACAGACCUGUACGUGAAGGAGUUCGGGCUCACCAUCUCCAACAACAUGAUGGAGGUGCGCGGCCGAGUGCUGCCGCCGCCCAAGCUGCAGUAUGGCGGCCGAGUGUCGUCACUCGGCGGGCAGCAAGCUUUGCCCAACCAGGGCGUGUGGGACAUGCGCGGGAAGCAGUUCUUCAUGGGCGUCGAGAUACGCGUGUGGGCCAUCGCCUGCUUCGCGCCGCAGAGGACCGUCCGGGAGGACGCGCUCAAGAAUUUUACACAGCAAUUACAGAAGAUAUCCAAUGAUGCAGGCAUGCCGAUCAUCGGUCAACCUUGCUUCUGCAAGUAUGCAACUGGUCCCGAUCAAGUGGAGCCAAUGUUCAAAUAUCUCAAAUCGACCUUCGUGCAGUUGCAGCUCGUUGUCGUCGUGUUGCCCGGAAAAACACCCGUUUACGCCGAGGUGAAGCGGGUGGGCGACACGGUGCUUGGGAUGGCGACGCAGUGCGUGCAGGCGAAGAACGUCAACAAGACGUCGCCGCAGACUCUCAGCAAUCUCUGUCUCAAGAUCAACGUCAAGCUCGGCGGAAUCAACUCCAUUCUCGUGCCCUCGUUGCGUCCCAAGGUGUUCAACGAGCCGGUGAUCUUCCUGGGGGUGGACGUGACUCACCCGCCGGCCGGCGACAACAAGAAGCCGUCCAUCGCGGCCGUGGUGGGCUCCAUGGACGCGCACCCGUCGCGCUACGCCGCCACCGUGCGCGUGCAGCAGCACAGGUACCACACGCCGACAGAAGCACGACAGGAGAUCGUCCACGAGAUGAGCAGCAUGGUGCAGGAGCUGCUGAUCAUGUUCUACAAGAGCACAGGCGGGUUUAAGCCGCACCGCAUCAUCAUGUACCGGGAUGGCAUCUCCGAGGGACAGUUCAUACACGUGCUGCAACACGAGCUGACCGCUGUGCGGGAGGCUUGCAUCAAGUUAGAGGCGGAGUACAAGCCGGGUAUCACCUUUAUAGUGGUACAGAAGCGUCACCACACGCGGCUGUUCUGCGCAGACAAGAAGGAGCAGUCCGGCAAAUCGGGAAACAUCCCCGCCGGCACCACCGUCGACCUCGGCAUCACGCACCCCACCGAGUUCGACUUCUACCUGUGCAGUCACCAGGGCAUCCAGGGCACGUCGCGGCCGUCGCACUACCACGUGCUGUGGGACGACAACCACUUCGGCUCGGACGAGCUGCAGUGCCUCACGUACCAGCUGUGCCACACGUACGUGCGCUGCACGCGCUCCGUGUCCAUCCCGGCGCCGGCCUACUACGCGCACCUGGUGGCGUUCCGCGCGCGCUACCACCUGGUGGAGAAGGAGCACGACUCGGGCGAGGGCAGCCACCAGUCGGCGUGCAGCGAGGACCGCACGCCGGGCGCCAUGGCGCGCGCCAUCACCGUGCACGCCGUCACCAAGAAGGUCAUGUACUUCGCCUGAGCCCGGCCCACCUGGAGCUUUUAUCGUAACGGUAGAUACUUUACGUUGGUAGUUAUUUUGUUAAGUGAGCUGAAAACGAAACGUUCCCGCGUCCUCGUCUGUGUGACCGAUAUGAUUUUAUAAAAAGCUGCUAUCUAUAAGUAUGUCGACUAGUUUUAGCUUAAAAGACAUCCCGAACCGUAUGAGUCUUUAGUCUUUAACCUUCGUCGGAUUGUAUUUCUAUCGAUCUCAUUAAGCAUUCUAUGGUUGUAGCUUUCAAAACUGACCAUAUUAAUUUUGUGUGACUUUGAACAGCUUUUUUGGAAUGGAUGCUACAUUGAGGAGAAUUGGGUUAUGAAAAUAAAUAAGAUCAUUGCUUCCACCUACGAUUAGAGAUCCAUUUGAAUUAAUUUUGUUUUUUCAUUUUAAAAAAUGUUAUCAACACCAUGUGAAGAUUAUAAAUAUUGUUCUAUAAGUAAAAAGACCAGAUAGUAGAGUUUGGUUGCGUUUUAAAUUGUAAAUGAGUUUUCUGUUAUCGGAGACACUGAGAAACCUCUUGCAAUGCUAAAUUGAGCCACAUAUUGAUCCAAUUUAAUCAUUCAUUCAACCAAGGAAGUCACAAACACUGAAACUGUCAUAUCCUCAUGUAAUAUGAUCAAAGUAUAAAAGUGCUUCUUACUCUAAACAAGGUAGACUAAAUGACAUAAGUGAACAGAACACCAAAUAAAAUAAAAUCUUUAGAACAAAAGAUGAUUGCUCGAUGAUAUAUUGAUAACGGAUGGCCGAACGCAUCAUGUUGUUUAUACAAGGGAGACAGCUGUCCUAUUUAAGCUAGUUUUAAGGAUAACAUAAAAUGGCUCAUAAUCUUUGGAUGUUAUUUAUAAUGAAUAAUCAUGGAUAAAUAAAUCUUUUUAACGAAAUCGAUGGGUUAUAAAACUUCGAAGUGUCUGUAGUUAAUUCAGUGUUACUAGAUAUCUAAAUAUAAAAUUAUAAAAGUUAAUUCAUUUAAACUAUCGAAUUGAGCAGCGGGUGCUCAUUAUUGUUUGCUAUUUUGUAACAUUCUAACUCCUCACCUUCACAUUAUUUUACUUUAGUUAGACUUAGUAUUAUUUUCUUUUUACUUUCAUGUUUUUAUAUUUGGCGUCAUAAUCGUAUGGUGUUUUAAUAUAUGUAUGUAUAUAUAUAUAUAUUCGUUACUUAUCAUGAAUUCGGUUGACAACUAUGUACAUCUCUUAAUGUUUUUAUAACGGCUUAUAAGUUUCAUUUUUACAUAAGCUUGUUUUAUAAUAUUGGCUAGGAUAAUACUGAAAUGUAAUGUUACAUUUCAGAGAGGAAUAAAUAACUAUUAUCUUUGAUAGUUUGUAGAGAAAAGGAAGUAUAUAUUUCUAGGCAAAAGUUUUAUUGUCAUAUCUUAUAAAAUUUUGCAUAAAAAAUACAACUUGGAAUUUAAUAUGCUCUGUAAGGUAAUUAUAACUAGUUAUAGAAUUCUUACUUAUACAUGAUAUUUUAAAAUAUUAAUCUGUCAGCCAAAAUACAUUAGGAACUUAAACAUUGAACCACUAUUUAAAUUUUGCCUUAAUGAACUUGUGUCGAUGUGAUUAGGAUUAGUGUUAAUGGUAUCAAUAGUAAUAAACAAUUAAACAAUCAACCAACAUCCUUAUACAAGAUGAAUGUCAAACUAAUUUUUCGUGUGAAAUAGCUAUAACUAUGUCGCUUCGUUUUUUUUUUAUGUAAUAUCUAACAAAUAUUAGUCAUUUUUAUAUGUAUUAAUCAUUUAAAAUUCAAAAUACAUCAAAAAUAUAAAUUUAAUUUCUUCUCUACUUAAAUAAUAUUUUUUCAUAUUAUAUAUCGUUCAAAUAUAAAUGAGAAAUGUUGUAAAUUUAUGGCCGCAUGUCUCACUAAAUUUUGAAUACAUAUAAUCUUUAAUAUUAUAAAAAUUAGAUAUCAGGUGUAGUGUAGCAUAAACCGCAUCUCACAAAGCCAACAAAUAAAACUAAGAGCACGGAUAAUAUAAGUGUGCCGCCGUAAAUACUAGAUAGAUAUAGUCAUAUAAUUUAUUUUUUAAUAUGAUUAAAAGAUUUUUGAACAAGGGCUUACGAUGAUGUCAUUAGAUAUAAGUUAUUUUAAAAUCUUUUUAAUCAGACGAUCUGGUAAGCGAAGCCAAUCCAUAUUAAUGUUAAGUGACUAUGUGUUUUUUUUUUUUUCAAAGUGUUUAUUUAUUCUAAACGGAAAUAUAAUGAAACGAUUAGAAUUCUUUCAAUAUAUUUACACCGUCGAAUCGAUGAACUAUGGCGUUAGAAUUUAAGUUCGCUUAAAAUCGUAUUGAAUUAAGGGGCAAUAUUUUUAUAAAGUUAUAUAAUUAUCUUAACAUCAUUUAUAAAACAUGUAUCCGUAUUUACCUCACAUAAUAGCAAAAUGACAUAGUCAAGUUAGGUUUAUAUUUAAUUAUAUAAUAUUUUACGAAUUAGGAAUGAUAUGUCAUUUAAUAUUUUUUUAAAUAGACGCACGCUAUUAGUAACUUAAACUUUUUAACAAGUAACAUAUUAUUAUAUUCUAAAAUUGUGUAAUAUAUGUCUUAAACUGUAUCCAAUCAUUACUAUAAACAUAUAUUCACAUAGAAACCUAGCUGAUAAGAACCCUACUUGACUAUGUCUAAUUAGUUAUAAAUGGUUUUAUACAAGGAUGGUCAUUGUACAUUUUUUUUUAAAUAUUAAUUAUGUCCAAUAUUAUUUUAACUUAGACACGUUAUUUUCAUACAGAACGAACUUUUAAUCAGAUUAAAUUCAUCUUUAUAUACUAUGUUAUAUAUAUAUAUAUUUUUUAUGUAAGAAAAUUUCGUCUAAAACAUUAUUCUUAGAAAGAGAUACAAAUUGUAUUUCUUAUAAAUCCUGGCAAAUGAAGAAUCUUACUUUCUAUUACCUACUUUGCGGUAACGUUUAUAAGGCGUUCUAUGAGAACGUAACGUGUCUAAAUGUAAAAGGUCAUUGCGUGUAACAUACUGAAUAUUCUACGGAUUUUUCUCUAAUAUGAUUGAAAAUAUUUUUUGCGUUGUAAAAUAAAUAUGAUUUAUUUUGUAUGACAGGAUCAAAUGUAUGUUUAUAAUAAAAGUCAUCAAUUGUAUAACGGGUCGAUUUAAAGAUUGUCAUAAACGAUCCGUUAAAUAUGAUUUGAAAAAAUGCUUAUAAUCUUGUGUUACAUUUAUUUGCGGUCUCGUAUUCUUAAUAUUGAGGCGAUAAUUUUAAAAUACCGAGGAUUAAAUUUAAGAAUUAGUGUUUCAAAGCUUAAUUUUAAUAAGUACUAUAAUUAUUAGAAUCAUAGUUCAGAGUUCAAUAAUAAUAUAUUCAUUUGUACACUCCGAUACCAAAAGUAUGUCUCUGUUUCUAAUAUACCGCCUUUAGUUUUAAAUAAUUAAUAAUAACUUCUUGCAAUGUAAAUCCUUUUUAUAUGAAAUAUCAUUUAAUGGACGAAUGUAACUUUUAAUCGAAUUAUCUUUUUGGAAAUUAUGUUUAGAUAUAACAAAUACUAUAGUAUUUUGUGAACUGUCACUUUGCUUGAAGAUUAAAAAAUGAGACCAUCGUACCGCCAUACAUUUAAUAGUUAUUUGUAGUAGAUAGCUUAUAAUUUUUCUAUAUUGCACACAAUUUUUUUAUUGUGUAGAAUCCACCAAUUAAGGUUUUGAUAUAGAAUGUAAAAUAGUUUCCAAAUUUCUUCGUGCAGGGUAUGCGGACAUUUGAAUAAUGUAAUUGUUGCGCUCAAUUUGCGUAUUAAAUAUACUGUUAUUUAUUAUUUUUAAUAAGUAAUGACGAAGGAAAUGUAUUACUUUUAAAAAAGUUAAAGUUGGCGACGAAUUGUGUUCGCGCACAUGAAAUAAUUUGCCAUACAAUGGGAUAACAUUUUGUAAUACACGCGCAAUAAAAAUGCUGUUCUAAAAUAUUUUUAUACACAUCCCUAAAUCGGUAAAUAAAUUUGCGCGUACAUGAUUUUUCAUAAGCAUAGACAAGUUUGCUGGUAUUAGUAACGUAAGCUAUGGUCUUUGUAAACAUUGUAGUAAUGUGAAAUUAAACUCACUAUUUCCUUACGGUCAACGGCACGGCAGAUUAAACAAAUUGUAUCGUCAAAUGUUUUAUUUUAUGUAAGUGUUCAAAAAAUAACAUAAUUUUGUACAAAACUUUUGUAUAGCUGCUUCAAAGCUAACUAAAGUAUGAUAAAUUAAAUCUUUAUUAUUUAGUGCAUUAGCUAACAUGACCGCUGUUUUGUAUAUUGUAAACAAAUCCGCCUUCUUUAUUCUGAAUGAAAGUGUACUCGUCCGUUAUUACGUUCCCCUAGUAACUAUUACAAACAUAUCCCUAAUAAAUCGAUAUUUGACCAAACAUUUUUUAUUCUUUGACUUUAAAACAAUUAGCUAAAGCAGUGGCUGUUUGAUUAUUAUACGCGUAUCAAACGUUGAGGUUGAAUUUGUCUUUAAUAAAGAAUACAAUUAAAAUAAACGCUUUGUUUCAAGCUUUAACGUCAAAGUAAAUUCUUGGCAAGCAAUGUUUUGACCAAUAAGUUAUUUUUAAAGGCAUUAUAAUGAUAUAAUAACUUAGCCGCUUACAGCGGCAUGAAUUUUCUAAAUAUCUAAGAUGUUUAUUUCAUUGUUUCAAAUUAUGUCUGUUUGUUGCAUUUUUUUAUGUAUCAAUAGUCGGAACAGUCUCAAGUCAAAAAGUUAAUCGAUUUAAUUUUUAUUUUAUUCGACAUUCCGGAGACUGUUGUUUACUUCAAUCAAAUUUAAAUUUUUUGAGUGUUUCAACGUUCUAGUUAAGAUAAUAGCGGCAGAUAGCUUUAUAAUAUUACGCAUAAAAUUUUAAUGGAAAUAGUGCAUUUAGAGCAUCUAUCAGAAUAAUAAUAAUAUUUAAUAUUAAAAUUGUUAUUUUUAUAUUAUUGAUUUAAAUAUUAAUAUUAAGGUAAAAGUAGCAGUAAUAUUAAUCGAUAGAGGUCAAAAAUGUGCAUUGGUUAAAUACAUUUUGUUUAUUAAAAAA